AUGGCCUGGCAGCCGGCCCCAGAGUCCUUGAGCCAGCUGGCUGCUUGCCUCAAGGACUCGCUCAGCGGAUUCGACAAGAAUGCGCAGAAGCAGGCAGAGAUCGUGACGCCGAUCCGCCCCAGGGUGUACAAUGCUCUGCCCAAGACUUCCACCUCGGUGCGCUCUGCUGCUGCCAUCAUGCUGAAGAAUAAUGUGCGCACCAACUACAAGCAGAUUCCCGAGAGCAGCUUGGCCCUCAUCAAGAUGGCCAUUCCCCUCGGUAUCCAGGACAAGAACUCCCAGGCGGUAUCUUGGAGCUGGCCUGAGUUGCUCCCCCAGCUGCUCAGUCUCAUUUCCAACGAGAACGGCCAGGUUUCCAACGAGGGCCAGGAGGGCGCAAUGUCCGCCAUGGCCAAGAUUUGCGAGGACAACGUCAAGGUUCUGGAGCGUGAGCACAACGGCCAACGCCCCCUGAACUUUUUUGCUCCCCAAAGCGAGCUGCCCAAGGUCCGCGCAAAGGCCCUGACUGCCAUCAACGUCUUCACUCCGCGCAAGUCUCAGGCGAUGCUCAACAACAUUGACAGCCUGCUGAACCACCUCUUUACCUUGGCUGGCGACCAGCACCCCGAUGUGCGCCGCCAGGUGUGCCACGCCUUCGUCCAGCUAGUCGAGACCCGCCCAGACAAGCUGCAGCCCCACAUUGCUGGCCUCGUCGACUACAUCAUCACCCAGCAGAAGAGUGAUGACGAAGAUCUAGCAUGCGAGGCUGCCGAGUUUUGGCUGGCCGUGGGCGAGCAUGAGGACCUGUGGCGCUCCCUGACGCCAUACCUCGACAAGAUCAUCCCCGUAUUGCUGGAGUGCAUGGUCUACAGUGGGGAGGACAUUGCCCUUCUCGGUGGUGCAUCAGACGACGAGGAAGAAGAAGACCGCGAGGAGGACAUCAAGCCGCAAUUCGCCAAGAAGUCGGCGGCCAGGGAACCCGACGAACGUUGGACUAUCCGCAAGUGCUCCGCCGCUGCCCUCGACGUCUUUGCGCGUGACUUUUCCGACCCUGUCUUCACUGCGAUCCUGCCCUACCUGACGAGCAACCUCAAGCAUGAGGAAUGGCAGUACAGAGAGGCCGCUGUCCUGGCCCUCGGCGCAGUCGCCGAGGGAACCAUCAAUGCCGUUACCCCCCACCUGCCGGAGCUUGUACCCUACCUCCUCUCACUCCUCGGAGACAACGAGCCCAUCGUCAGGCAAAUUACCUGCUGGACGCUCGGCCGCUACUCACAGUGGGCUGCGAACCUCGAUCAGAACCAAAAGGUCACUUACUUCGAGCCCAUGAUGGAAGGCAUCCUCCGCAAGAUGCUCGACAAGAACAAGAAGGUCCAGGAAGCUGCGGCGUCCGCUUUCGCCAACCUCGAAGAGAAGUCCGGCAAGGUUCUCGAGCCCUACUGCAUCCCUAUUCUGCAGCAGUUCGUCCAGUGUUUUGCCCGGUACAAGGACAGAAACAUGUAUAUCUUGUACGACUGCGUCCAAACCUUGGCGGAGAAUAUUGGUCCCGUUAUUGCUCAGCCGGACGCUAUGGGCCUCCUGAUGCCUGCCUUGAUUGAACGCUACCAAAAGGUCAGCGACGACUCGCGUGAGCUCUUCCCUCUGCUAGAGUGCCUCUCUUACGUCGCCAUGGCGCUGGGCUCGGCCUUCACCCCUUAUGCGCAGCCCAUCUUCGUAAGAUGCGUCAACAUUAUCCACACAAACCUCGAGCAAAGUUUGCAGGCUACCAACAACCCAACGCUCGACUCCCCAGACAAGGACUUUCUCGUCACGAGUCUCGACCUAUUGAGUGCUAUCAUCCAGUCUCUUGAUGAGGACAAGAAGCAGGAGCUGGUCAGAGGCUCAGAGGGAACGUAUUUCGAGCUUCUCGGCUUCUGUCUCGAGGAUCCUCAGGACGAUGUCCGGCAAUCAGCUUACGCCCUGCUGGGAGACUGCGCGAAAUACGUUUUCCCUCAGCUUGAGAAGCAUCUGAACUCUAUUUUCCCCAUCUUGCUGAAGCAGCUGGACCUCGACAACAUUCUCGACGAGGAGAUUGACAGCGGCUUUAGCGUUGUCAACAAUGCAUGCUGGUCCGCUGGCGAGAUCGUCAUGGUCAACAGCAAGGCAAUCUCUCCUUUCGUCCCGGAACUUCUGCAGCGCUUGGUCGAGAUCAUUUCGAACCCUGGUGUACAAAACGCAGUCAAUGAGAACGCAGCUAUUGCUCUCGGCCGCCUUGGUCUUCACAACUCUGAAGCCCUCGCCCCUCUACUGCCGACCUUUGCCGAGGACUUCCUCUCAGCUAUGGAGCACGUCGAGUUCCUGGAAGAGAAGGCCACUGCCUUCAAAGGCUUUACCCUGAAGGCGCUUCCCCAGCUCUUCGUUGCCAUUGCAAGGUACAAGGAGAUUAAUAUGAGGAGCCCAAUCAAGGCCGAACUGCACGAGCACUUCCAGAAGGUUAUAAACAUGUACCGGGAAAUGAUUCCUCAGUUCAACGACUUUGUGAACCAAAUGCGGCCCGAGGAUCAGGGUAAACUUCGCCAGUACUACUCUGCAUGA